GCUGGCCACAACUUCCGUCAACAAAUUUUGUUUAUGCGACGAAUAAAUAUCUGUUUUUCCCCGAUUUCUACAUCUAAAUGACCAAUAUUUGCAAUUUAAAAUCGACUUCACAUACGGUUCACAAAUAUAAAAUCUCCCCAACGUAGAAUGGCAGAUGGAGACCCUCAGCAAGUGGACGGCAGCGUCGGCAUGCAGCUUGAAGACGAACAUGAAGUCGAAGAAGAGCAUGAGGAACCGCCACCCGUGAUCAACCAUGCCAACGGCUUGUCCAACAGUUACAAGAUGCUGUUCGAGAGUAAUGAGUUCAGCGACAUUAAUCUGGUCGUUGGCGGACACAAGUUUUUCGCUCAUCGUCUUGUUCUCAUGACAAGAUCGGAGUACUUCAGGGCAAUGUUUGGUGGAAACUUCCGUGAGUCCAACCCACAGAACAAUGAAGUGGUUCUACACACUUGCUUACCAGAUGAUGCUGCGGCCAUGGCAUUCAAACAUUUGUUGGGUUACAUAUAUUGUGGCAAGUUUGAUAUGACCGUUGUGGAGGCGGAGACCAUCCAGAGUAUCCUCUUACUCGCCGACCUCUAUGGCUUCGUCGAACUGCGACAAGAACUCGAAAACCACAUCACCGACGCCAUCACGAACGAUAAUGUGUUUCCAGUCUACGAGUUCUCCAAGGCUAAUGGCCUGCAGUCGAUGUGCCAGCACUGCUUGAAGUACGUCGACACGCACUUCUGUGAGAUUAUCAACAACUUUCCACGGACUCCGCGUAUUGUGGAGCAAUUUGAAAGCCUUCCGGAGGAAAUCCUCAACGAAAUUAUUGGCAGUAAAACGUUAGAAGUGCCAGAAAUUCGCCUUAUCGCGGCCAUUAACAGCUGGGUGAAUGUCGACCUCGAAAAGCGGAAGGACACAAAAGUCCGGAACAAUCUGCGCCUGCACCUUGUCAGCGAUGAGCACCUUCUCAACAACUGUCGGAAGUUGGGUGUCAAUUCGGAUAUGAUCGUCGAGGCGAUGCGGAUUCGUGUGGAGGCGAAAAAUGCUAUCGACCAAGCGAUCCGGUUGUUCAAAGUCAAGAACCGGGGAGCCGGCGAUAUACUUCAUACCGGUUGGUGUAAGCCGUUCUAUCGUGGAUUUGUGGUUCCCGACGUGAACCUCGCCGACGUAAAGCUGGAGGCUGAGCCAUUCAAGCAGGAGCAUCUUCCAUUGCUUCACGGCUGCCCGGACCCUCCUGGUUACGUGUGCGUGCCCAUCCCAGGCAACGGGGUGCAGGGCCGCGGAGGGAUCGCAGUGUGCCUGGUCAGAGCUGCAAUCAUCAACACGAUUCGCAUUAAGCUGUAUGAUGAUGAUGGAAGGUUCUUUUCAUACCGAGUGGAAGCGUAUGACUUUGAGAGACGCGGCUAUGUCAACCUUGUCAGCUACAUCAGCGAGACGUGUCGGUCAUGGCAGACGUUACAUUUCACACCGGUGUUCACAGGCAUCAUCAAUGUUCAUGGUUCAAGAGCAUCGGUUGGCACCGAGCUCCGCCUAUCCAAAUUUGAGUGCUAUUUCAUGCAUGCCAAUCCGCCCCCCUCAAAGAUGAAGCUGAACUUUAUUGUGCCAACUGAAAACGUAGCUAUAGUUGAAAAAGGUGCAUGGGUGAUAUCUGGAAAGAACAUGGACAAGCUUUUGAGUCCCGAGUACGAGGGCUACAACGGCCCCGAAUACUGCACGACUGCAAAGAUUGACCACAGCAUCAAAAUCCAGCUGUCCCAGCCAUACAUGGUCGACUCAAUGAGUUUCUUGCUUCUUGAUACCCUUAACCGAACGUACGCGUACAAGGUCGAGGUGUCCAAAAAUUUAAAGGACUGGGAGCUUGUUGCGGAUACUGGCGACAGAAUGAUGAAGUCACUACAGGUGAUCCGAUUCCGUGAGCAGCCAGUGACAUUUAUCAGGAUCACUGGGACCCGCAGCAGCCUUGAUGGGUAUCUGCAUAUCGUCCACUUUGAAUGUCCAGCAUCAAAAGCAGAACUGAGUCGGGAUGGUCCAGCAGAAAUAUGGAACGACUUCUUCCUGUGAUAAAACAGGUGAAGGACUUUGAAAAAAUGCGUUUAGGAUUUUUGUCCGCCUGCAAGUGCCAUAGUUCGUUCAGGCCAAACAGUGGUAUUUUUUCAUUUAAGGUUGCGCGGCAACACGUUUGAUUUAGUGUUGUUGCUAAAUUUUAUUGUUUGAUACUCUCAUUUGUGUUCAUGGUGGUGAUUUGGAGAAAUCUAAAAGGAAAAACGUUGAAAACGUAAACCAAAAUGGCGUUUUAUAAGACAAUUCAUGAUGAAAUUUCCUUUGCUUGACGAAAAAAAUUUGAGGAUUAUUAAUUUUUAUAGUUGCUAUCAACCUUGGCCAGUUCCCAAAGCGGUGCAAAGCAAACGCUGUUUCAUUGUAUGGCACUAUGUCCUAAUUGGUGCCUCGCUCAGUCUAGCGCUGUUUCAGUAACUGGGCGCUUGACACUGAGACGGCGGUUCCAAAAGUAAGGAAUUAUAAAACCUUAGGUAAGGUGUUAAGAGAAUCUGGAAGCGGACCAAAAAUUACAGAAUUUUCUGUCAGUGAUUAUUCAUUAAAAGGCCUUGCGGCUUAAUGCCUGAUUUGAUGUGAUGAAUCGCAAUAGAUUGUAGGCUUUUGUAAAUACUGUCCAUAUUCUGUAUUCAAAAUAUCUUUUAAAAAGAGACAAUGAAUCAAUGUUAAAAACACUUAACGAUAUGAAUCAUGCCUGUCUGACACCAAAAUAUAUUAGGUGAGUGAUACAUUAUAUCUUUGCUUUUAGUAAAGUGGCAUUUUGGCCGCUUCGUCUUGCAUGCUGUAGCCACGAUUCAGAUCAAAAACUGGUGCCAGUGGCACUAAACUGCACUGUGCUGACGAUCUAAGGGGAUUCCCAUCGAGUUUCUGAGUGUUGCCUGGGCUAAGAUGAGUCACAAACAUAGGACUCCAUAAAACGUCUAACGCAAUGCACGUCCUUUAGGCCGGGAUGUCAUAUGGCGUCUCACGCAGUUAACAGGUUAAAGGGAGCAACAGCAAAGUUGUAGGAGGGUUGCAAUGUAAGGUAGAUUGUACAUUCCGCCCAAAAGUUUUUCUGUGAUAUGUGACAAGGAGACAAAGACCUUUAAAGGUUUGUUAAAAAAUGGAAGAGGAUAUGUACACAGCAUGCUGUGUAUGCAACAGAAAAAUUAUUGUUGCAUACACAGCAUGCUGUGUAUGUAACAGACAGUAGUUUUAUGUUCACAGCGUUUUAUAUUAAUAUUCAUUAGGUUCAUUAUAAAGCCCCGCCUUCGAUUUUAUGCUACCUGCUGUGAAUCCUAGCAACAUUUUCACUUGAAUACACAACAUGAUGUGUAUACAAUGUACAGGCACGUGCAUUGUCUAGAGAACACAGCAGACAUCGCUGGCUGGAGAAAACUGUUUUGGUCAUAUGGCACACAUGCCAUACAAAAACUGGGGCUCCAUACGCCUUAGAUUUACUUGGGGGGUCAUAGCCAGAUGUAGAAUGGGGUCAGUAAAAUCACAACAGGACCAUUUUUUCUCCAGCUGACGUCACUGAUGACACGGUUAUGUUAAUUCACCUCUGCUGUGCAUGCAACCAACUUGUUCCUGCGUACACAGCAGUCUCCUGUGUACAUGGCCACUUCAUUUUUUAAAUGAUGAAUUUUUGCACAGUAAUUUAUUGUAAUUUAUGGUAGCAGGCAUGUAUUUAUGUGAUGAAAUGGUGUUGAAUGCUUGGUCUCGUGAUGUUUUAAAACUGUUUCUCAUGCAAAACUUGGCAAAUCAUGGACUCGCUGACAAAUGUCAUUUUACUAUGGAACAGUCUAAAGAAUCAGGCCCAAGCCAUAUUAUUCUGGACUUGUAAUUUCUACCAAAAACAUUGUACAUCUAAAGAUGGUAAAGCUGUAAAGAGAUUAAUGUGGUUGCAUAAAAAACUAAGACUUGUAUUAUUAUAGGGCCGUAUUCUUCCAUGCCCUUGCUGAAGAAACUGUCAUACUAGAUAAACAUGGUCCAGUCACCCUGUGGAAUCAGUGGGUAUCCUGGCAUGGCCUUGCCACAGUGAGGAAGCUAAAGUUUGGAUGAAUGGUCCAUACAAGGACUUUGUUCACAUUUUCUCAAAGAGGUGGCUGGCCAUUGUGAGGUAGUGGACGAUGCUCGAAGAGGUUGCAGCUGUUUCCACAGGGUGACAGUGGUGAAAGUUACUGGCGACGUUUGUAGAGGAAAUGAAUAAGAUUACCUCCUUGUAUAACGCAGGGCCUGGUUGUUUGAAACAAGUUAAGUUGCUAGAAUAGAGGGUGCUUUUUCCUUCAGUUUAAUAUAAAAUGAAGGUCAUAAGCUCAUUUUACUUCUAGAUGGGGCCCUGGUUGUUUGAAACAAGUUAAGUUGCUAGAAUAGAGGGUGCUUUUUCCUUCAGUUUGAUAUCAAAUGAAGGUCAUCAGCUCAUUUUACUUUUAGAAGGGUGGAUGUUAGGAUAUUUUAUUCAUUCCAGAAGGGGGAACGUUUUCUAAUGUACUACUGUGUACGGUCUUGGGUGUACAAUGUAAGUUUCGGUCCGAUUCGUUUCAUGGUUUGGCCACCAGGGGGCCAAACGUUAAAAGUGAAAAUAUGCAAUAUCUCCCUUAAUAGUAGUCGGGAAAUUUUGAAACAAAUAUGGUAGGUACUUCUAGCAAAGGUGCAUCAUAUAUCCUCCGGGUUUUUGAUUUGACCUCCUUUUCAAGGUCACAGAGGUCAAAUGGUAUAAAUUGGCCAAUAGGAUGUAACGAUGGCACGUUUCUAAACUGCAAUGACUAUUGAUACCAAAUUUGGUACACAUUUACCCCUUAGUCAGGUGAUCUCAGGGACCGAAGUUUGGUCCAAUAUGAUUCACCACUUGACCACCAGGUGGCAAAAUCCAAAAACCUUAAAAAUGUGAUUAUUCCUUAACUUCUUGCCCGAUUGCCACCAAUUUGAUAUCAUGGGUACAUCUAACCACCAU